AUGGCAUCGCUGGAUCUCUCACGUCCCCCGUUUCGCGGGAGGUCGUGGUGUUCUCCCUCACGAUCUGCCGGUCGUUUUCUUUUUUCCUCCGUCUCUUUCGCGUCCCUCUCGGUUGAACUUCGGCUUCUGCUCCCACCCGGCCUCGCGUCUGCACUGGCCGCGGAAGCUCUGUCGCAGCCGGUCGCCGCGCCCUUUGCCGCGGAAGCCUCGUGCGGCGUCGCGCCGUCGCCUUCCCUCCUCCAGUUGGAAUCUCUCGUGUCGCUUCUCUCGCUCCUCUUGACUGUCUUUUACCUCCUUGGGACGGUCGGCGCCGCGCUCUCGCUCCUUCUGCCGCACUCGCUCGGCGCGCUAGCCGCCCACGGCAAGACUCGCGUCGCCCCGUGUGUGUCCGCAGAGAAAAAGAACAAGGCCUCAGAUCGAGCGCGCGAGGAUGCUUUGGCGGUGAAUCGUUCCUCUCCAGGUCUCGUCGCGCAGGGGAACGUGAGGCUCAGGGAGAGAGGCGAAACGCGCACUCCCCCUGAAGGCCUCGUCGGUCCGCGCGGCGCCGCUCAGUCCCUAGGAAGCGAAAGGGAAGCGGACUCCGCAGCGGGCGAGGACAAGGAUGAAGCACGGAAUGGGCGACAGGCAAGCUGCGUGGUGUCGGCUGCGUUAGCGACGCCGCGCCGCGCGGCGGCGCUGCUGCACGUGCCGGUGAGCAAGAGACUGUUUUUUCACUUUUACCUUCUGGGCUGUGUGCUGUCCGCCGUCUUCCUCAUUUCGCUCGCGUGGCUGACCCUUCCCGAUCCGGCUUCGCAGAAGGUUUUUUUCGACGCAUGCUCACACAGGCCUGGCGGGCUUCCCGCCUCUCCUGCACCCCUCGCGGACGCCGCCUCAGUCAUGAGCGACGACGGCGGGAGGAAUGCCGAAUGCGCAGCACGAGAAGCAGCCUCGGAGUCGCAGCGGGGAUUCCUCCCUCUGGCGCUUUUCUUUGUUCACUGCGGGCGCCGCCUCGCAGAGCAGCGCUUCGUUGUCCGCCCCAGUGCCACCGCCUCCAAGAUGACGGUUGCGGCCUAUCUCCUGGGCAUUGGGUUUUACAUUUUAACGCCGCUCUCUCUGUUCCUGGGCGGCGCCGCCUCCCUGCGCCCGCCUUCGCCUCGCGCCUCCUCGACGCUGGGGGAGGCCUCCGCGUCGCCUGCGUGUCACCCAGCGGCUGCGGCCCUGUUGGAGGCGUCGGGUGCGACUGGCGAGGCCUCCAUGUCGCCGGUCGGAGCCUUGAUUCGUUUGAUUCAAGUGGUGCUUGACGCCCUCGCCGCGCACGUCCUCUCCUCCCCUGCGCAUGUCUCUGCCGCGCUCGCGGCCUUUUGCCUCAUCAGCUUGCUUCAGCUGCACAGUCACUGGGUUCUCGCGCAGCUCCGCGCGCCGGCUGCCGCGUCUCCCCGCGGCGACGAGGCGACCCCCUCACGGCGCCAGGCCCAGAAUUGGGAGGGCGGGGGACGACUGUUGCAGCCGCCCGCCAGCGAAGGUGCCCAUGGUCGAGAAGAAGAGGAGAAUGCGAAAAUCACGGAUGCGUCUGGCGCGUACGGCCUGCCGCAGGCAGGGAUCUUCACGCUCGUCGCCUGUCCGCACUACCUCGCAGAAAUGCUGCUGUAUCUCUUCUUCUUUUUUCUUCUUCCUCGCCCCGCCACGUUUGCCUGCUUCGUCUUCGUGGCAGCGACGAUGUUUGUGAACGGUAGGCUCGCGGUCUCCGACCGGGCUGUCAUUCUUUUCGUUUGCGCGGAGUCUCUUUACGUUUCUGAAACCCUCCACCCCACGCACGAGGUGGUGUUCGUGUCUUCGGGGAUUCGAGGCGGCCGCGCGGCAGCCUGA